CGUGUAAUUAAAGUUUCGUUCAAUGAUGGAUAUCUUCUCACGGUUAUGGAAAUAAGGAAAAAAUUACGACUGAAGGAAAAUUCAUACGAUGACUCCUAUCAUUUGCAAGCUUUUUUUCUAUUGGAAUUAUCUUGUGCCUGUAAUAAGUGCAUGUACAGAUCGCACACCUCUUGGAAUGGCAAAUGGAUUGAUUACUUCCGAUCAAAUAUCAAGUAGCUCAAUGUAUCCAAAUUAUCUACCAUCUCGUGGAAGACUUUAUUCUUCAAGUGUAUGGUGUGGUCAAGAAGGAACAGCUGUAGGAAGUUACAAAUCAGAUUGGUUCCAGGUUCGUUUUAAAAACAAAACAAUAAUCAAUGGAAUUGCUAUCCAAGGUGAUCCACUUGUCUCUAACGGUUUUAUAGAAACAUUUCGACUAAAAUUCUCAAGUGAUGGAAAAGAUUGGACGAGUUUUGAUAAUGAUAAGAAGUUUACAGGUAAUGUUGACAACACCAACGUGGUAUACAACUGGUUUACAAAAUCGAUGGUAGCUACACAUGUUCGUUUGUAUGCAACGCGUAUAAAAUUAGAUCAUGAUCGAUUGGCUCAUGCAUGUGUACGGAUGGAACUUUAUGGUUGCUUGCAAAGUGCUAAAGAUAUAGCUACCGCUCCAUUAGAUCGUGCACCAGAUAUUCUGUUACCGCUUGGUAUGUCAAGUGGUAUAAUAAAGAACUCACAGUUACAACAUAGUAAUGGUAAAAAUGUAGCAGCAGCAAGAUUAUUUGAUGGUGGAGAUGGAAUGUUACAACAGAAAACAAAUAAACAAAUGUAUUUACAAAUUGAUUUUAUAAAAUUAAAAACUGUGACUGGUAUAUCCAUGCAAGGAGCGUUUAAAGGUUGGAAAAAUCAAUAUGUAACACAAUACCAUCUAGCCUACUCAAAUGAUAGUACCACUUUCACCCCGUCAAACAAGAAUAUCGAAAAUACAGAUUUAGGUUCUGUUUAUAUUUCUUUAUCAAAACCUGCAACAAUGAAACAUAUCAGAAUAACAGCAAAUACUUGUAUAGGAGGUUGUGGUAUGAAGGUUGAAAUUUUUGGUUAUGAUCCAGUAUGUUCGCAAACGUUGGGAAAUAUGGAUAUUUCUACAAGUAACGGUUCAUCUGUAACGAAUGUUGAUAUUUACAGUCCAUAUGCAUGGUGUGCACCCGUUACUUCUGAUUACGUUCGUAUUGCCUUUAAAAAAACAAUGGUAAUCUCUGGAAUAAUUCUACAAGGAGAUUCGAAUGGAGAUGACUGGGUGAAAGAUUACAAAGUAGAAUAUGGUGUAUCUACAAGUAAAUCUAUUCAGGAUUUAAUUGGUGUCCCAGCACGGAUAUCCCCAUUAUCUGUAAACUGGUUAAAACCUUACAUCGUUACAAACUUUCUGCACAUUAUUCCAACAAAAUGUAACAAUGGCAGAUGCUGUUUAAGAUUUCGAUUAAAAGGAUGUCAGUUUGUUCUGAAAAAGCCUUAUUCAAUACGUGGGAACAUAUCUUCUUCGACAAUCACAUUUACAUGGAAUGCACCAAAUUCGCAUCCUAUACCAGUUGAGCAGUAUCAUCUUUUAAUUGCAGCAUCGAAAGAUUAUCAACAUAAUCACGAUUUCUCCUUUCCAACAAUUAGCGCUGCUACACAUAAUUUAAUUUAUCAUGUUCCAAACAUCAACUUUGCAGCAGCUCGUGUUCAAGUUAAUAUCACAGCGGUAAUUCAAGGAGUAAGAACAUUUGCUGAACCAUACAACUUUUAUGUUCAACCAAAAGAUCCACCAUCACCUGGUUUAGAUAAAAAUGAUUUUUCUAAUGCAACAAACAACUUAACAAUUGUCACAUUGACUCCUUCGUCAGAUGUAAACGGACCAAUCAGCUAUUAUGAAAUUGUGAUAUCAACAACUCAAAAGACUAGCCUUUCAAAGCAGCUAACAAAUCAAAAGGAAUCUGAAUUGAAGAAUCUGACUUAUUUUCUGGCUGCCAAAAUCAAAGCUGAUAAUUUCCAAACUGAAGGUAUUAAAUAUACUAUUGUCGAAGGAAGAGAAUUCAUUGACGGUUUAAACGCAAGAAUAUCAACUGUUGGAACAUAUUAUUUGUAUGCCAGAGCUGUUAUAGAUGGAAAGGACAUCACAAAAUAUGGUUUCAACGACACGAGUUAUUUUUCUGCUUUAUCGAAAGAAAUCAAGAUUGAGCGCAAUGCACUAAGCGUAUUCGUACCAACAAUCCUAAAUGAUACAACUCCAUCUGUAAGGCUUGUGAAAAGUCCUUCAAAUACAAAGUAUCAUUUUAUUAUAAUCAUGAAAGUGAACAAGACAACUUGGCAGAAAAAAGAGCCAAUGUUAUACAAACAAGAGGAUUUAAAGACAUAUGAAGGUGCUGAAUACAACGAACCUUACAUAGCUGGUGUAUUUAACAAAGCACAGUUACUCAAUGUUAAUGUGUUUAAAUUAGGUGAUAAUGUAACCUACUCGAUGCAAUCCAGAUCUACUCGUAAAAGAAGAUCAAUAAUGUUGUACAGAAAUGGACCUUUAGCUGCGGGUGAAACAUACAUUGUAUUUCAAAGACUUCAAGUGCAGGACAAACUGUAUUCGACUUCAUGGACCAAUGACCUUUAUGUACCCAAACUUGACAUAAAUGUAACUCCUAAAGUAGAAGAAUCAACAUCGUCUAGUAUUGGAUUAAUAGCAGGUGCUGCUGGUGUCGCUGUCAUCAUUGUAGUUAUCAUUGUCAUCUUCUACGUAAGAAGACGACGCAGAACCCUAAAGAACUCCAGUGACAAGCGUAAUACCUCUACACCUAUAGAGAUGAAAAGUCAUCCUGAAUUAAAAACACAUGAAAAUAUUUAUGAAGACGACGAACCAGGUCCAUCUGACGAAUCUUACUACAAUGUUGCAGAAAAACCUACAUUUCCACCUCUUUCCAUUCAAGAAUUUUUGUCAUUUUAUUUGGAACACAAAGAUAACACCACUUCAGACAUUGUAAAACAAUUUAAAAGUGUUCCGAUGGAGCAUUUCCAUGACCAUGAUGUUGGAUCGAAAGCUGAAAAUAAAGAAAAAAAUCGUUACUUGAACAUCACAGCGUACGACCAUACUCGUGUUGUCUUGCAGAAAUUUACUGGUAAAGAGACUAGUGAUUACAUUAAUGCAAACUAUAUUCGGAACUAUAAUGGACAAGUUGAAUAUAUUGCUGCCCAAGGACCAAAAAAUAAAACAAUUUUUGAUUUUUGGCGAAUGGUACUUGGUGAAAAACCUGCAGCAAUUGUCAUGCUUACAAAGGUAGCGGAGGAUGGUAAAGCAAAAUGUGGACAGUAUUGGCCUGUGCGUAAUGGAAAAGAGGUUUUCAAUGGCAUUGAGGUGGAAGUGAAUGAGGUACAAGUGUAUGCUGACUAUGUUAUUCGUAAAAUGAAAGUAGGUUACGAAAAUAACAAACACCAGUUUACACAUUUGCACUUUACUUCCUGGCCUGAUCAUGGGUGUCCAGACUACCCAACAUUACUAUUAAAUUUCUGUUAUCGAGUGAGACACCUUAUCCCAUAUGAAAGUGGAAAGCAAAUUCUUGUGCAUUGCAGUGCUGGUGUUGGUAGGACUGGAUCAUAUAUUAUCAUUGACGCGAUGCUGCACUUGGUCAGAACAAAGAAGCGUGUUGAUAUAUACAACUACUUUGAAAGUAUUCGACAAGAUCGCGUGCAAAUGGUACAAAGGGUGGAACAGUACAACUUUGUGUACAGUGCCAUUUAUGAAGCAUUAUGCUGUGGUUACACUGAAAUAAUGUCGUCGGCCUUUCCAGACACUUUCCGAGAUUUGAUAUCCACAAAAAAAGCAGGGAAGUUUCUUCUGGAAGUGGAAUUUGAGCGGUUGAACAGCGUGAAUAUACCCUUUGGCGAACAUCUUUAUGCGGCUGCCUUGUUAGAAGAAAAUACGGUCAAAAACAGAUACCCAAAUAUUUUAGCACGUGACAAAUCCCGGGUAUACCUGCCAAAAAUAAAAGAUUCUACAGAUUAUAUUAACGCUGUGUUUGUAAAUGGUUACAAAAAGAAGAAUGGUAUCAUUGCUACGCAAGCACCAUUAGUUGAAACGUUAAAUGAUUUUUGGGUUGUUGUAAUGGAACACAAUGUGACUACAAUUGUAAUGUUAAACAGCACUGAUGAGAAUUAUCAUAACUAUCCAUCAUUUUGUCCAGUCGAGGGAUCGGAAAAGUUUGGUAAUCUUACAGUAAAUGUUGAAUCAAACACUCGAGUUGGCGAUAUCAACAUCCAAUCCUUUCUCGUCUCAAAAAGCUCGAAACAUCGCAAAGUUAAUAAAUUGCAACUGAAUUGGCCAAAUCAUGAUAUUCCUGAUUGUAGUUCCUUGCUCACUUUAAUUGGUGAAGUUUUAAAGUCGCAACAAUCUUUUGGAGAUGGCACCAUAUUGGUUACCUGCAGUGAUGGUGCAAAUCGCAGUGGAACUUUCAUAGCGUGUAUGAAUGCAUUGGAUCAACUGAAAGUUGAACAACAUAUUGAUGUGUUUCAAACUGUACGAAUAAUGAGAUUAGUCAGGCCUGAGUUUGUUGAAAACUUGCGACAGUAUCAGUUCAUUUACACCGUGUUGAAUAAAUACUUGGAUUCGUUUGCAACGUACUCCAACUUUAAUUAAUUCCUAGGACAACAGAAGAAGACGAAUUAAUUAAUUUGUAAACAUUCGUAGGGGAGCGUUUUUUGUUUUUUUUCUAGCUAUUUUAAAAUUUUAAAAACAAUGAGAUUAUUUAAUUAUUUGAUCUAAAGGCUAGCUAAAACAAAUUGCUUUGCUAAAAAAAAUCCAGUAUGUAAUCAUGUGUGGUUCGAAUAAGCGCUUCUUUUCUGCAAUAAAAUAUUAGUCCAUUUUGAUCAGUAUUUUUGUAUUUGUUUGUAGUUGAGCAAUUAUUUCUUAUUAUUUAAAAAUAUAUUAAGAAUUUCGUUAAUUUAAAAUAGUUAAAGAAACCGGUUUUCGGAAGUUCUUUAUUUUCAUUGCUCAUAAUCGUGAUUCAUAAUAAUGUUUGAAUAUCCUAAGUUCUGUCAUUUGCGGUUAGUUAAAUUCAUUUUAGACUGUUUCUAAUAUCUGGUCAAAUAAAACAGGUGGAUUUAUAUUGUCUUUUCAAAAUAAAACCGUUUCGUUGUUUUCAUUUUCUUUUUCUACUUUAUACUGUUUCAUCAGAAAAUCGCUGGGCGAUUACCUGAUAGUUUGGUUUUAUAUUUUCUUUUUUAAUGAUUUUUUGUUAGCAAGAACAUUUAAGACUUCAAUAAUUUUAUACGCUUAUAACUUCCACGUAUUGUAAACAGCAUAUUAAAAAUUAGUUUUUGAUGUAACGACGUUUUGUACGGUAAAUAGAAUCUUGUAAGAAAAGACACAGCUAAAUAUAAUAAAAG